AUGUACAUACAUCAGUCAAGAAAUAAUGAAUGUAAUCAAUCUGAUUCAUCAAUACCAUUGUUCUAUAAUCAAAAUUCAAUAAAUUUAUGUCAAUCAAAUAAUUUACCUUCUUAUUUAGUGAACAGUAAUCAAAGUACAAUCGUCAAUUUUGCUACAGAUUCAUCAAACAGAUGCAAUAUUUUGAAAAAUCUUGAUCCAAUUAAUAUACCACCAUUGUUUACUAGUGCAAAAGCAUCUCUCUAUACUCGUUAUACACCAAAAGAUUGGUCGAAUUUUGAAUGUAACCAAUUUACAAAUGCUAAUGAAAUUUUAAAUGAUAGUCAAAAACUAACUAAAGAAAGUGACCUUUUAGCUUGUGAAAUAGACAAACAAGUGUGUGCAAAUCAAUGGAAAUCCACAAAUGAAAUUUUGAUUAUCAAACAAGAAAUCAGUUUUUGGAAAAAUGAAAUUGAAAAAUUACGUCAAAAAUUAAAUGAUACUAUUAAUGAAUUAGACGUAAAACGACAACAAAUAGAGUAUUUUCUAAAUCGUACAGCAUCAAGACUUAAAAUAGUUCAAGAAAAUUUAUAUGAACGUGAAAAACGUCAAACUAUUGAUCUUAUUCAUGAUAAUGUAGAUCGUGAAUUAAUCAAAUUAAUCGAUAUUCUUAUUGAUGCAAAAAACUCUAUUGACAAUGGCAUGAUUGAAAGAAUUAAUAAACAAAUUCAUUUAAAUCGAGAAAGACUAUGUCAAUUGGAAAUCGAAGCAAACAAUAAAUCUUAUGCUCUUAUAUUAGAAAAUGCUACACUUUAUUUAACCAAUACAUUACCAUGUUUUAGUAAUUGUAAAAAUAGUUUUUCAGGAGGUAUCACUUAUUUAAAUUGGUUGAAACAUACGAAGACUGUUGUUGAACAAACCUAUUGUGAAAUUCAAACAUCAAAUGAAUUAAUUCAUUCAGUAAAAAAUUUCUUUCAUAUUGAACAAAAUAUUUUCGAUCAAUGGCAAACUGUUGGUAUAGUAUUGGAACAACGUAUUCAUGAAAUACAAUGUGUUCGUAAUCGUUUACAAGAUCAAUUCAAUGAAAUUAAUGAAAAGAUUUUAAAUACAGAAAAAACGAUUGAAUUUUUGAAAAAAACAAUUCAAGAUAAAGAAGUUUUUAUUAAUAUAAUUCAAUGUCGAAUAUCUUUUCUUUCUAUGAAGCCAGUAUUAGAAAAUAUAAAUGAUCGUGAAUAUUCAAAACUUUCUGAAGAAUUUAAUAAUUUGAACUAUUCCAUUGAUAAUUUACAGAAAAAAUUAUUCGAAGAAGAAUAUAUUUUACAACAUUUAUUUCGUCUUAAAGCAACUAUUGAAGAAGAUUUAGCUAUUAAAAAUAAUUCAUUAUUUAUUGAUGAACAAAAAGUUAUUGGUUUACGGCGUACUUUUCCAUUCACUUCAUAA